AUGAGCUCCGAUAGAUCCACCACUACCAAAUGGGCAGACACUCCCUUCGCGCUUCUCAAGAUUCCUGGUCAACCAGGUGCUCAAACAUGCGAGAAUCCUGGCCUCCUUCACAUAGUCGCGGAAAUGGCAAACGCCCACAAUGUCCUCAUUCGUGGUCUCAACGCCUUCUACAACCAAGCGCCCUUCGUUGGCAUUCCUAGUGAUGUUUCCGAUCUCAUGCUAUACAUCGCGGCGUGGGCGGACAGCGUGCAUCACCACCAUCAUCUCGAGGAAACACUCUUCUUCCCGGACGUGGAGGCUGCAGCGAAGGAAGCAAGCCUAACAUUCGACGCGCAGAAAUGCGAUGGAGAAAAGCUGAGGAAGGCUAUGAAUAAAGUCGGCGAGACGAGCGCCAAGACCAUUGAUCCGUAUCUUGUUGCUCCGUUAAUACUGGGAUGUGGCGAUAGAGGAUAUCCUGGUAACCGCGACUUCCCGCCUGUACCCUUCUUCCUCCCGUGGUUGAACGCAUGUUGCAUAGAGAAUAUACUAAACAAACACCUCGAAGACGCAUGGUACAGUGGGAGUUGGCAAUACAGUGGGAGUUGGCAAUACAGUGGGCUAGUCGGAUUUAUCCUCUUCCACCUUCCUGAGAGACCUCGCAAGUUCGAUUCUCUGUUAAGAAGCGACGCGACAGUUAGUGCGGGCGACUUAACAGAAUUACGAGUCGGGCGACGAACAUAUCUAGGUACGUUCCAGCGGGGGUUCGAUGAUGGGUAG